CCGCAUUAUCCGCCUCUAGAGGAAAUUCAACGACUUGAGGAUAUCAAAACGAUUGUUCGCUCUGAGCUACACGAAAUUGAUCGACUCGGUCCAGACAUUGCCCUUGUGUCCUAUCAGCCACACCCAGACGACAAUGGCCCAAAGAAAGUCGUCUUCAAAUACUAAUUUCUUUUACAGCCCAUUCAAAGGGCGUGGAAUGAAAUGAAUCUGUGGAUGCGUCUCCCUCGGCACCCAAAUAUUGUCCCUUUUGAUCGACUGGUGGUGGAAGAACUGAAAGGCCGCGUUGUUGGGUUCACCAGUAUCUAUAAUCCUGGCGAAACACUCGAAGAUAAUCAAUCCCGCGUGUUCAAACUCAAGUGGCUUGAGCAGUUGACUCGCGUUGUCGAAGAUCUCAACCUAAAGCACGGCAUCAUGCAUCAAGAUAUUGAUGCAAGGAAUCUGCUAGUCGAUCCGUCGACAGAUAACCUGCUGCUAUUUGACUUCGACUACUCGGGUCGCAUUGGAGACACCGGGUAUGUUGAAAAUCGGAACGAUAUCAAAGGCGUUAUAUUCAUCCUGUACGAGAUCAUCACCCGUGACAACCAUUUCAGGGAGGUGCCACAUCAGAAGCAGAACCCCAAUGAUGUUCAGGGGUUGCCCGUAUGGUCCAAGCAUCCAGAGGUACAGCUCGAUCAUUCCGUCUCGGAAUAUCGAUCAGCCCUCGAUCGUUGGGUAGAAGAGAGGAGGGAAGGGAAAAGUAUCUCUGUUUAAUACGGAAGCGCAGGAGCCCAUCGACUGGCCUCCACUCGAUACCCCAAUGGGAGAGUUCCCUUGUUUUGAUGCGGAAGGAAACGAAACUACUCGCAUAGGACCCGCUUGGGCUACUUCACGCCGCAGUGAACGAAAGAAGG